AUGGACGGCCUCGACGAAUUUGAGAAGGCACUGGCGGAGGAGAAAAAGGCUAGGGAGAAGGCGGAAAAGCACAGCAGUAGGGAAAAGGAUGGUCACAAACACGGACAUCGUCACCGGUCAAGCCACAAAUCUCGAGAUGACGAAAGUAAGGACAGAGAGGAUCACCGACACAAAAGGUCGAGGCGGUCUCGAGAUGGUGAGGAGGGCGAGCAUCGAAGAAGUCACAAGCAUGCAAAGACGUCAGAUCCACAUGAAGAUCUUCCAAUCCUCGACGAUGAGGAGCCUUCUACUACACCCAAAAUUACUCGCGAUUCAUGGAUGCAAGCGCCCUCAGCAUUAGAGUUCGACUAUACGCAGAAAGGCGCCAAGAAAGUUGUUAAGCCUCCACCACCGAAACCUGACCACAAUUUGAAGAUUCAUAAGAAUGAGCUCAAUCAUCAUCUCCAAGAUUUGGCAGAUGGCAAGCUCGAGGACAUAGAGGACAAGCCCUCUCAGCACGAGGUUUCAUACACUUUUGGGGAUUCAGGAGCUCAGUGGCGUAUGACGAAACUUAAGGCUGUGUAUACACGGGCUGAACAAGGUGGGCAGUCAGUCGAGGAGGUUGCUAUGGAACGUUUUGGAGAUUUAAGGGAAUUUGAUGAUGCUCGAGAGGAGCAGAUUGAACUGGAUCGCCGACAGCUUUAUGGGGAGGGAUAUGUGGGAAAGGAGAAGCCCAGUGGUGAGCUUUUUCAGCAGAGAAAGAUGAAAAUGGGAAUCAGAAGAAGUCCUGAGCAAUCACAUGGAGAGGAAAGUUUCGAUCUUCCGCAAGGUGUUGCCAUGGAAGAGAAGGGAGCUCCAGGGAAAUCGGUGCUACUGGAUUCUACAACGUUGAAUCGGAUGAAGGCACAGUUGAUGAAGGCAAAACUCAAAAAUGCUCCUAAUAUUGCAGAUUUGGAAGCAGAAUAUAACGAGGCUAUGGCAAGCUUUUCGAACAACCCUUCAGACCCCGGAGUUAUUGUACUAGGGAAGAUGGAGAAUCGAAUGUUGGCUGGAACUCGCGCUGAAGCCAAGGCAAUCGAUAAUAAACGUGGUCGAGAAAGAGGCCUCGUAGAGGAGAAUGAGGAUAUGAGUAUUGAGGAUAUGGUUCGGGAAGAGCGUCGGAUAAGAGGACAAGCUGGUGGAGAAGGCAUGAGAGCUGCUGAACGAAUUGCUAAGGAUGCCAAGUUCGAUGAUGAUCUGGACUACAUGGACGACAACGCAAACAAGCUUGCCAAGCGCGUGCAGAAAUCCGAGACGAACCUGAAGAAUGCGGCAAUUGGAGAAUUCCAGAAGAUGAAUCGCAUUUUGGACUCGUGCCAGCUAUGUCAUCACCCGGAGAAGGGCCAGCCCCCUAUUGCUCCCCUCAUCUCCUUGGCGACUCGGGUUUAUCUAACGCUACCGACAGAGCCGGAGCUCAGUGAGGGAGGCGCAGUCAUUGUCCCAAUCGAACACAGGACAAAUCUCUUGGAAUGUGAUGAUGAUGAAUGGGAAGAGAUCCGAAACUUCAUGAAGUGCUUGACGCGGAUGUAUCAUGACCAGGGCCGAGGUGUUGUGUUCUACGAGAAUGCCGCUGCACCGCAUCGGAAAAUGCACGCUGCCAUGCAAGCUGUGCCUCUGCCGUACAGCCUCGGAGAGACAGCGCCAGCCUUCUUCAAAGAAGCCAUCUUGUCUUCCGACGAAGAGUGGACACAGCAUAAGAAACUGAUAGAUACCGCUGCAAGAGCGCGAGAUGGAUUGAGAAAGCAAGCUUUCCGACGCUCUAUCGCGAAGGAAAUGCCAUAUUUUCACGCGUGGUUCGAUCUUGACGGGGGUCUGGGCCAUAUUGUUGAAAACAGCAACAGAUGGCCGAAAGGGGAUCUGUUCGCUCGGGAAAUCAUAGGGGGCAUGCUUGAUAUUGAGCCUGAUGUGAUAAAGAGGCAAGGCCGUUGGACCCGGGGGGAUAAACGUCUCGAGGGCUUCCAAAAGCGCUGGCGAAAGUUUGACUGGACCAGAGUUCUAACAGAAGCUGCCUAGAGAAAUACAAACCAGCAAUUGCCAACAGCUCGUGAAGCCCAUUCUGUCACGGUCGGGUUUCGGCUGCAGUCUUGGGGCUCGUGAUAGGGGAGUCUUCGGCCCGGUCCCCGAAUGGAAAGCUGGACGUGGCACAGGGGAAUCAUCUUAUGAUACAUACACACACAGCCUUCAAGAUCAAGUGUCGUGUAAAUCGAUCUGUAAAGUCACUGAUAUGAAAGCAGAUGUGGAUGAAAAUCGCAAACGAGGUGAAAAGGAGAACACGGCGCUCGUAUGCUGUAGUGACACAAUAUCACAGGCUACCCUGAUCUAAAUGAUGUAUCGUAGCAAAUAUCCAUUCGCAUAUUGUCUCUCGUGGCAGAGACGUACAGAAAACGGUGAGAAAGUUCAGUUUAGUUCGUAUGCAGUUGUCCAUCCGCCAUGCCUUGGACUUUAAACGGCUUUGAAUGCCUCAGCCGGACCAAAU